CAACAAUGGAGGGCUCCGUGUCCAAUGUGGCGGUCUGUAACUUUGCGUACAUCGGGCAGUUUGAGGAGUUGAGGCAGUGCAUUCUGUCAGAUAAAACUCUUGCCUGCAAAGCGGACCAGGACCGUCGAACCGCGCUGCACUGGGCUUGUUCUGCCGGACACACCAAUAUUGUAGAGUUCCUCCUGGACCUGGGAGUCGAAGUGAAUCUGCAAGAUGACGCCUCCUGGACUCCUCUGCACAUUGCAGCAUCUGCAGGUAGAGAAGACAUAGUGAGAUCUCUGAUAUCCAAAGGAGCUCAGUUGAAUUCAGUUAAUCAAAACGGAUGCACGCCCCUGCAUUAUGCCGCCUCUAAAGACAGAUAUGAGAUCGCCUUGCUGCUGCUAGAAAAUGGAGCGGACCCCAAUGCCACCGACAAGUUGGAGUCCACCCCUCUCCACAGAGCCUCGGCUAAGGGCAACUAUCGCCUCAUCCAGCUGCUUCUCAAGCAAAGCGCCUCCACAAACAUCCAAGACUCGCAGGGCAACACGCCUCUACAUCUCGCAUGCGACGAAGAACGUGUGGAGGCAGCCAAGUUGCUGGUGGAACACGGGGCCAGCAUUUACAUCGAGAACAAGGAAGAAAAGACCCCCCUCCAGUUAGCCAAGGGGGGUCUGGGAAACUUACUCCGUCGGAUCGUGGAGGGAUGAUGCUAUGACUAACUUGCUGGUCAGGUUGUGGCUCAGAUCCCCACCAUCGCCAAGUUACAUUGU